AUGAGUCAGAGCAGCAACAGCUCUUAUAAGAUCGGUAUAAUCAUCCUUCUUACCGUUCCACUUUCGAUACACGCGGUCUCGUUCUUUCUUAGAAUUAAAGCAGACCAGAUCAGCAAUCGGUUAGAUUCAUUCCGGUCUAUUCUAAGCGUUCCUAGUAAUCGAGAUCUGCCUGUUCGGAUUCUAUAUCUUUCGUUCCGAGAUUUUUUGGUCCAAUCCAAAAGCAAAUUUCUUAUAGAUAAGCCAAAAAAGUAUAAGGAAAUUACGUUAUUAUGUCUUAAAAACAUAAGAAGCCAUUUACGGAAAAAUCUUUGCAAUCUAGAAGGCCUUAGAACCUAUAGGGCCGAUAUCGAACCUCAAUCCUUACGCCAGCACUUACCACCAGAACUACAAUACUUAUGUCGCUACUGGGCACACCACCUCAAAUAA